AUGGCAGAAGAUACACAGGAUUUCAAGUCCUUACAAGAUGAAGUUCAAGCUGCUCUCGUAACAACCGUCAAAACUGCCGGUCAUAUAGCAUCAGAAGAUCUCGGCUUUCAUCGAUCAUUAAAUCCUGAAGUGGGAAGUGCUCUCGACGAACAGAAUGCGCGCUUGCUCGCACUUGCCAAUCAGUUGCUCAAGUCUGCAGCUUCUGUCUCAGGUAUCCAGGUACCAAUUUUAGAAGAUGUCGACGACGUUGAUAACAAUUGGCGCGGUGUUGUGGAUGUUGUGGAUUCCUUACUCGAAAAAACGGAUACUUGCCUUGACGAAUAUACUGGAAUUAUCAAAAGGAAACAAGUGGAAGAGACUUCUGCGACAAUGAAAUCCCAGAAACGACCUCUCGACAAUUCGCUCCGUACACAAAACCUUGUGAAGCCACAACUCGCAUUCGAGGUCAAACCUGACAAUGAGAAUACAUCGCCAUGGCUGCCUCUACUUAAGACCAAACCGCACGCGAAAGUGUCAUUAGAGGAUAGUCUUGGAAUGAUUACAAACGAAUACGACCAAAAACAGUAUGACUACUUUAAUUUUAUUCCCCUCGCAUUACUCCCAGAUUCCCCGCGUGAAGGAAAGAAGCUGGAAGACUUAAGCAAGUCGGCCAGGGCCAGUCGCUCCAAAGCAAAACGGGAAAAACUAAGAAGGCAUCAGGAAAUGGGUUCCACUAUAAGAUUUACUAACAAGCAAUUCAGGUAUAAACACCCUUAUGAAACGGAAAUCUUACAAUUACAAUACCCGAGCGCUAUGUACGAGAAGGCGGAACCAAUAAAAUAUCUACCCGUUGAAAGUACGUCUGCGAAAUUUGUUGAUACCUACGAGGGCGUUCUGGAGAUGUUGGAAGAGCUCAAAGGUGCUACGGAAAUCGCAGUCGACCUGGAACAUCAUGAUACUCGUUCAUAUGUUGGACUCGUGUCUUUAAUGCAAAUCAGUACUCGCGAAAAGGAUUGGAUUGUCGAUACUCUCAAGCCAUGGAGACAACAGCUUCAAGUACUCAAUGAAGUUUUCGCCGAUCCAAAUAUAAUCAAGGUCUUCCACGGUGCGUAUAUGGAUAUUGUAUGGCUCCAACGCGACCUCGGCCUAUAUGUAGUUGGCUUGUUCGAUACACAUUAUGCAUGCAGAAGGUUGGGAUUUGCUGGAGGAAGCUUAGCCUUCUUAUUAAAGAAGUACAUUGAUUUUGACGCCGACAAGAAAUACCAAUUAGCAGAUUGGCGAAUUAGGCCACUUCCCGAAGAGAUGUUCUUUUACGCUAGAGCUGACACGCAUUUCCUUCUUUACAUCUUUGACAAUUUGCGAAAUGAGCUACUUGACGCACCUGAUGUUGAAACGCCUGAUGCAGAGGAACCCGUAGUAACUUCGAUGGAUAUAGUCUUACAAAAGUCUAAAGAGACUUCGUUACUUCGAUAUGAGCGGCAGCUAUACAAUGCAGAAUCUGGAAAAGGGCCAGGAGGAUGGUUUUCACUAAUUUACAAAACGCCUGCUCUGUUAAGUAGUGAGCAAUUCUCAGUAUUCAAAGCUGUGCACGCCUGGAGAGAUCAGAUAGCAAGAAAGGAUGAUGACAGCAUUAAUUUCGUCAUGUCAAAUUCAGUUGUUGUCAAUCUAGCCAAAUUCAUGCCCAUGGAUAUGAUAGCCUUACUCAGUAUCAUUCGACCAAUAUCUCACAGCGUAAAAUCGCGUACUGGGGAACUCUUGGAAGUUAUCAAGGCGGCAAAGGAAAACGGAAAAGAUGGUCCAAAGUCGAUAGACGUCCUCAGAAAAUCACCGGAUUCUGCCGCAACCCCGAAAUCCAACACUGGAGCGAAAUCCACAUCGCAAAAGCUAUCCAAACUUGAUGUUACACCGGUAGACAAAACCGAACUUACAACGGAGACAUCCUCUUUCUGGGGAGGUGCAUUUGGAAGCAGUAUAUGGGAGCCCUCAACCACAACUCCGGAUCAAGAUAGCAUGAGACUCGCAAUACCCUUACCUCAAUUAUCGGAAGAAGUUUUCGCCGAAACAAGUACACCUCUUACCGAUCGAUCCCGUAUGGUCAUGCCCGAAGCACAGACGCCUGUUGCAACACCCACACCUAGUAAAGUAAAAGACGAACCAUUUGUUCUCAAGCGAGGCUCAAAGAGAAAGAGCGAGACCAUCACAGAUCCCGAUGAAGACCAGAAGGCUACCGGGGACUACGACAUUUCUCUUGACUAUACCUCCUCCGCCGAAGCCGAAAGACGUCGAGCUAAAUUUGCAAAAAUGGAGGAGAAACGAUUGAGAAAACAACAGAAGAAAGAAGCAGCUCAGGAACUCAAGGCAGCGGCACAAGAACGUAAAGCAGAAGAAGAGGAAUCCGAUAAUCAAGAAGGAGAAGAAGACGUAGAGAAAUCGGAAGCAGAACAAGCGGACGAAGAACAAGGACAAGAAGAUGAGGAAGAGGAUUUCGAUUACAGUAAAGCGGAUUCGGUACUUAAUUCCAAAAAGGAUAAGAAAGACAAAGGUGGAAAGGGUGGAAAGGGAAAGAAAGAAAAGAAACCGUUUGACCCAUAUCAGAAGAGUAGUAAUGCGGAGAAGGGAAUGAGAAGAGUGCAAAAUGGGGAGAGGGGUGGACGAAGUGCGACUUUCAAGAAGUGA